AUGAUCUCUUCAACUGCACACGAUGAUGCACAAGACGAAAGUGGAUUGAAUGGCAAUACAGCCAGUCAACGCUCUAAAAGUAUGGAGCGUCUUGUCGACAUUAGCGCGCAGAUUCUCCUCGGAGCAUCACAGCAUUUCGACUUCGAUCACGUACUUUCAGAGGUGGGAGACUUUGGGCCCUAUCAGAUUCUAUUCUUCUUCAUUAUUUGCCUUCCGGCCAGUCUUCCAUCAGCGUUCUCUGCUUUUAAUCAACCGUUCGUAGUCGGUUCACCACCGCAUCACUGUCGGCUUCCAUAUGAUAGGGACGACCUCAGACCAAAGACUGAUGACCAGAAAGUGCUUAGCUGCUUCCAGUAUAACCAAACAGAGAUGGACUUCUAUCGAUCGUUCACAUCAGCACCAAUCGAUUCUUAUAGGGACCACAUCAGUCUAAUUCCUUGCCAGAUGGGAUGGGAGUAUGACAAUGCAACCUUUAUCGACAGUCUUGUCACUGAAUUUAAUCUUGUUUGUGAUCAUCAGAACUGGGUGGAAAUCUCAACAACAUCGUUCUAUGUGGGCAGUUUCAUUGGAAACUUCCUUUUCGGAUAUAUCGCAGACAAAUUUGGUCGUCGACGAAGUUUCUUCAUUAUACUAGCAAAUCUAGUUGUGUUUGGAACAAUAAACGCUUUUGUUAAGGAUGUUAAAUCGUUCAUUAUCAUCCGAUUUCUAACAGGUCUACCUUUCCCAGCAUUGUUCCAGAUCCCUUUCAUUAUUUGUAUGGAAUUCAUGGGAAAAUCUGGCAGAAUAUUCUCAGGCCUUAUGAUUUCACUUUUUUUCGGUGCCGCAAUGGCUCUUCUUGGUGUUGUUGCCAUGUUUAUUAGAAGAUGGCGACAGCUUACGUUCUUUUGCAACGCACCAUUUGCUGUUCUUUUCUGCUACUACUUUUUUCUGCCGGAAUCACCACGUUGGCUAGUUUCCGCCAAUAAGUGGGAAGAAGCAAAAGUUCAACUCCAACGAAUAGCAAGAAUCAACGGCAAACAGGAUAGUGUGAAUGUGGAGGAAUUAUUAGAAAUAUUGAAAGUUAACCAACAUCUAAGCGUUGAGGACAGUAAAAGAAGUCAUAAUGUCUCUGAUCUCUUCAGAACACCAAAUCUGAGGAAGAAAACUAUGCUGGUCACGUAUAUUUGGAUAAUGAAUGCGAUCAUCUACAACGGGCUCACAUUAAACGUUUCGAAUUUACCUGUUGAUGACUACUGGUCAUUCAUAAUUAACGGUGCCGUUGAGCUACCUGCGUACUUCAUAGUUUGGCCCCUGCUGCAAACUGUUGGAAGAAGAUGGACUCUCGCCUCAACAAUGAUUGUUUGCGGCAUUGGUUGCGUGUCUGCAAUGUUUGUACCAUCUAAUUACCCAUGGCUUGUGGCUUCGGCGUCAUUUGUUGGGAAAUUUGGUGUUGGAGCUGGUUUCGCCGUGAUCUACAUUUUUGCUGGGGAAUUGUAUCCAACAGUUGUUCGAGCAAUCGGAAUGGGUAUGAGCAGUAUGGUAGCCGGAUCCGGUCUUCUACUGGCUCCUCAUAUAGUGAAACUGGGCGACUACAUGAAAAUCCUCCCUCUUCUCAUCAUGGGGCUUAUGGCUCUAUCAGCUGGGAUUUGCACAUUUUUCCUGCCGGAAACACUUGGUGCUCCACUUCCCAUGACCCUAGAAGACGCCGAAAACUUUGGAAAACGACAAGGUCUGUUCACUGGAGCCAGCGGGCAAUGUAGAAAACGAGAGGAUUCUCAUCUGAUUGGAUCACAUUUUAGAAAUAAGGCUAAUAGCCUUAUCUUGUAG